CCGGGGGAGCCGAAGCGCGACAAACAGUCGGCGCGUUGGGUACUCGCGGCCGCAGAGCCUGCAGUUUCCGCGCCGCCCGCGCCUGUUCUCGGUGCUCUGAGGGAUCAAGGCCGCGCGGUCUACGGAGCCGAGUCCGAACCCCCCGGUUGCUUGGUGCGGCCGCGCCGCAGAGCCUGCCACGACGCCCAGCCCUCCUUACAGCCUGGAAAAAAUGGCAGAUCUUGUAGCUGUUUGGGAUGUUGCUUUAAGUGAUGGAAUCCAUAAGAUUGAAUUUGAACAUGGAACCACAUCAGGCAAACGAGUAGUGUACGUAGAUGGGAAGGAAGAGAUAAGAAAAGAAUGGAUGUUCAAAUUAGUAGGCAAAGAAACCUUCUGUGUUGGAGCUGCAAAGACAAAAGCAACCAUAAAUAUAGAUGCCAUCAGUGGUUUUGCUUAUGAAUAUACUCUGGAAAUUAAUGGAAAAAGUCUCAAGAAGUAUAUGGAGAACAGAUCAAAAACCACCAAUACUUGGGUAUUACACUUGGACGGUGAGGACCUUAGAGUUGUUUUGGAAAAAGACACUAUGGACGUAUGGUGCAAUGGUAAAAAAAUGGAGACAGCAGGUGAGUUUGUAGAUGAUGGGACUGAAACUCACUUCAGUAUUGGGAGCCAUGAUUGUUACAUAAAGGCCGUUAGUAGUGGAAAGCGGAAAGAAGGGAUUAUUCAUACUCUCAUUGUGGAUGACAGAGAAAUCCUGGAGUCUUCCUCAGUGACUUCAUGUUAACGAAUUUUAACCUUGGGAAGUAAAGAUUAGGACUUUUAAAUUACUGUGGUAAUUUACUUGGUUGGUAUGUACUCAUCUGUACAUUUAAUCUGCAAUGUUUUUAUUUUUUUAGUUAUUUAAAAAAACAUUCAAUAACUAAACAAUGUUAGUUAUUUAAAACUAACAUUCCAAGGGUCAGGGAAAAAACAAAUUAUGUACAACCAUAAAAAUUACAAUUUACUUUGUAAAUAAUGUUGUAUGUUUUAAAAUUAAAUGGAAAAUGAGAUAUGGACCAAAACCACUAAUGUUUUAUAAUAGUAAACUUUCCUAUAAUAAACACU